UGCUAUAGUGAGCUUGCUUUAUACCACAUUAAUCUUAGCUGUCAGCGUACUAGACCGUGUCCUUUCAUGCAAACAGCCAACAUCCCGCAGAGAACGCUUCUAGAAAUUAACAAAAUUUCGCUGUUGCGGACAACGCAUCGAUAGUUCUUAAUUAUGUGAGCCGAGGUUAUCAGUGAAUCUCAACAAACCGCUUUCUCCUGGCAUUCGCCAUUCAAACGGAAUACUUUUGAUGCUUUCUGAUUGGUCAGCGUCUUGCCCAAAGGUAGGGUGAUUGAAAACCAUUUCAGUGCUGGCCAAUGGAAAUGCUUCAAGGACUUUGAAUGACAGAAGAAUACAUGAAACUGCAGCACAGUAAUAUUGCGCACAAAGUCAACUGUUGCCAAAAAUACAAAUGCGCAGUGAUAAACAGAAACAGAUGUUGCACGAGAACUUUGAUGCGAUUUCCCUGAAAUUGCCAAAUUCAAAAUUUAAUCUUUAAUUUCAUUUAUACGAUUUCCAUAACCAUGAUGGUGCAUAAAGGAAAAAAGGUAACUGCUCGCGUUUCGGGAUAAUUUCUGAAGUCAUACUGUUGUUAUGAUGCCUAGUUAGACUCUUGUUUACUUCCUAGCCAAUCUUUAUUGAACCAGACUAUGAAGCCAGACUAUGAAGCCCUUAAUAACUAAAACACUAAAAUGCUGCCACCAAUGGGAAAAGAUAAAAAAGUGAAUAGAGUGUGAAAGCGAUGAAUACAAAAAGAGAAUUAAAGAGUAAAAUCAUAAAAAAGAAUGAUAAAAUAUUCUGUCUGACGAGCCUCCGCCAUCAAAAGAACUUCAAUGACAAUCCGAAGUUCUUUUGACAAAAUAAGGAAGUGAGAAACAACAACCACCUAUACCUCCUGUGAGAAAACCCAUCAGAGCAAUACUUUGUAUCAUUUUAAAGCUUACGAGCUUAAAAGCCAUGAUUACGGCUGAACUGAGACGUUGCUACGUCUAGAACAACUAGAAAAAAUAAUAACUAAGAAAGGCACAAUGCAUGUCGACUGGGGAGACGAUUGGGUCGCUUGGAAUUGUUUGGAAAUGUUAUUUAUACGGCAACUCUUUUAUGCGCUGAGUUGUGGGGGGCGCAAUGCGUGAAAGCUGGCCAUAACAGUUGACAACAAAAGCAUCUGUAUUUCAAUUGGCUUGUUAUACUGGCGUAAAACAAGCUUAGCGACCGCUAAUCGCUCUCGGGCUAUCGAAGAAGACACUUUGACUCCACGUCGCUAUCUUUCCGGCUCUUUAAAAGCUUCAACGAAAGAUGUCCUCAAACUUUUCCGGCUUCUUUGUGAAGAGAGUAUCUCAACCGCAAUUUGAUGUUUUAAAUGUGUGCUUUAGGUGCUGUCCAUUUAGUCAAGCAGAAUUUAACAAACUGUUCUCUUUCACUUCCGCUUGCGUAUCUUCCGGGCUUAACGAAAGAGUUGCCCGUACGUGCUCACCAGGGAGAGUGUAUAAAAGGCAUUUGCGCAUGCGCAUCACAUGCCAAUGCAGAUGUCCCAAGAAACCGAGCUCUGGAAAAGAGCGGAAGUACUCAACAAGAACUCUUCCUUGCCAGGCUAGAGCCUAGAUUUAAAAUAGCGCUUUUAAAAACUAACCACGCUUGCACAGUGAACAAAAUUUACAUCUAUAAGUCUAUAACGUGUAUCCGUAAAGUGAAAGCAAACAAACGACAACAAUUAGCAUUUUGACGUUCAUGUCCGCAGUCCACUUAUCUACGUCUUAUUUCUACUGGUAAAUCAUUUGAUAAGAUCAUCCGUAGGGCCCUCGAAUGGUGGGGCUUCUCUGUGUUUUAACUAAAGCGCAAACAAACAAAGGCGAUUUUAAUGACAAAGAUGAAUGGGCGAGCAAACAUGAUUGGCGUUAGCCGACGAAAACCAAUUUCCAUUUUGGGGCAACUCGUCAGCUGUCUUUCAUAAGUUUGAUAUUCUUUACAUUAUCGCCACGCGGGAAAAAUGUUUCCAUAGCAAGCUUGAACAGCGUUUUCUCUUUCAUUUUUAGGAGAAAUUUAGAGCGGUUAUUGCAGAGCUCAGCCGCAAACUUGGUCAGCCCUGUGAGGUUUAUCCAAAGCUUCAAACCAGAUGGUUGUUGAUGUCGAAUGACGGGUAAACAAAUAGUACUCAGCAUCGUAUGUUUUGUUCCAACCAGAUAAACACAACACUAAUGUGACGUAAGAGGGGAAAGAUCUAUUAUUGUAACGAACUUCAACGAACGAAACAGCGUUUCAGAAAAGCCUAAUUUCAUGAACGGUCAAUCAAGAGAAGGAGGUUUCGAGAAGAUGGUUGGUUUGCCCGCGGUUUUAGCAGUUGUUGUCGUCUUCUGGGUCGGCCUUCUGUUUUAUCAAAGAAAACGUAAAUUUACAAACACUCUAUACUUCAAAAAAUCGCGUCUUAAUGUUCUACUUGUGAAGAAAUGCCAAACGCUCACUAAACCAUUCACGCCGACUUUUUGGGCUAGCGGUAACCGUCUACAGACUUUUCUACCGUGGAUUCUACCGCAAGCUGAGGUCGAAUUUACGCGGGAAUAUCUACAAAUGGCGGACAAGGGAAUCAUCGCACUGGACUGGAUGACUGUCAAUGAUAAUAGCCUACUUAAAGUCAGUCCUGUUAUGUUACUCAUCCCAGCACUAACACAAACAGCAGUGGAUCUGUCGUCCGCGUGUACAAUGGCGCUUGAGCGAAAAUUUCGCCCGGUCGUGUUUAAUCGCAGAGGUCACAGCUUAACUCCAUUAACCACAAGGCGACUGCAGGCGUUCGCUGAGGGUGGGGAUCUCGAGGAAGCCGUGACGUUCAUUCAUCGCAUGUUCCCGUACGCGGAGAUCUUCGCGGUCGCCUACUCGACGGGGUCCGACCUUUUGAUAUCGUAUCUAGGAGAAGUAGGGUCAACUACCAACGUCACAGCUGCUGUUUGCAUCUCGCCUAGUUACGACACAGAGGGGUACUUUAGAGGGAAGUUUUUCGAGCCGUACAACACGAUAGUUAUCCGUGAACUCAAGAUGCUUGUUCGGCAACAUUCCUCCUUGUGGGAGGCUAUAAACUACGAUAACGCUAUGAAGAGCGAGACGGUCAAGGACUUUGAAGAAAGAGUUCAUGUGCGCUUGAAUCCUCAGUACUACUCAACGGAUGAGUAUUGGCGAUUAAACAACCCGAUGCGUAACGUUGCCAAUGUUAGCAUUCCAGUUCUGUGUGUGAGCGCGAUAGAUGAUCCGGUCAUUCCAAAAGAGAUAAUUCCAUUUAGCCUUUUCAAAACUUCGUCUAAUUUUAUUCUCGUCGCUCCAGAGAAUGGAGGUCACUGUGGCUUUUUAGAAAACGCUUUGCCCGUGUAUUGGGGUGACAGACUUGCAUGCGACUUCCUCGAGACAAUACAGGACCAGGGGGUCCCCAAAGGAAAAUCUGACAAUCAUUUAAGCCCUUUAGACAUCCAGGGCCCCAGAAACAGAAGCUAUACGACAUAGCACACGGCCUAGGGACCGACCAGAAGCUAUACGACAUAGCACACGGCUAAGGGACCGACCAUUAGAAACCUGAAAUGGAUAAACUUCUUUUUCCCUACUCAAAAUAACCCGCCGGUUAGGUUUCUCUUUUUUUCUCAUGAACUCGAUUGUGGUUUGCUAAAUCGUUUUUUUUGUUUUGUUACUGAUUCGUCAGAUAUCGAGUGGUCGGCACCUAUAUUUAAUAAAUGGGAUAGAACGGUGAAUGUUGCCGGAAUAAACCAAAUCUCUCGGG